GAAUAAUGUCUAUCUAUAAUGGCUUUACAACUCGGAAUCAGGAGAAUCUUGAGACCUUGAACCUCAAGAGCUAUAACAGGACUCUCUACAGCAUGCUUUUUAUCCUUCAGAUUACUGUUAAAAACCUGAUUAGUAAGGUUAAGUGAUGAAAGACUUGCCAAUUUAAUGAAGAAAAGUUCAAAUAAGUGUUUCUCUAAAACUCUAUCCAAGCUGAGACUAAUAGAGAAAUAACAAACAUUAUCCCUUAGUGUUCUCUUACUGCUGUAAUGACCUCCAAGAGUACUUGUUCAACACAAAGAAAUUAGUCAAGAAGAACAUAAAUGACUCAAUUAGGGAGAUCCCUAAAUGAGAAGAAACAUUUAUGAGCUAUACAAAGUCUAUUAAUGAAUUUAAGCUCUCUUCAGAGCUAAACCUCAGACUCUCUGAGUCAAGGAACAGCUCGAAAGGAGGAGAUAUGAACAUUAUUAUUGAAGGAGAGGGUGUUAAUGGUAAAUAAGACUUUACCCCUCACCUCAGUCAAUAGUAGCAUUGUCAAAGCUGAAAAAUAACACUAAAACAAUCGCUUAUGAUAAGAUCCUGGCUUGUUCUAAGAGAUACAAUUUUGCUAAUGUCGGAAAUAUGAAAUAACCAAGCCAGGUCUAUCAAGUCUAGAAAUUUUAUUGCAAAAAGCCAGGGAUCAAAUAAUACCAGUCUUGAUAACUAUGUCACCAACGACUCUAAUUAUUUUGAUAUAAAACUAAUUAAUCCUUCCGAUAGUCUGAUUCAUUCAAGAAAUACUAUGUACAAAUUUUCAGAUUUUCAUAGUCAGGGUUCUAAGAAUAGCAGAAUGGAGAGCAAAAAUAGCACAAAGAUGAGCUUUAAUCCAAAGAUCAGGAGUCAGCAGAAUUCGCGAGGCUCUAAAUAUCAUCCUAAAGCUCCUGGAGAAGGACCUAGUAAUCACAGUUUUAAGUUGUUUAAGAAACAAAUUCGAAGAAUUCACACUCGAAAUCAGGAGAAAAUGUGCACAAUCAUCAGCAAAACAGCUGAGUUUCUAUAAGAGUUUUCAAUAUAA